AUGUCAGAAGCAGCUCCCAAAGACUCCAUAUUCACGUUACCGGGCCUGCGACGGUUCUCGCAACCCAUUCUGACUAGAUUGUCGCACGGAUCUGCCCCAUUCAUCAGUACAUUCGUUCUCAUCCACCUGUCCGCACCUGUGUUGGCCAACCUAGGAGGUUCGUCUCUCUCUUCCCAGGUCAUGAUACUUGGCAGAGAAUACUACCAGACUUCGUUCGGCGAGAAGUUUUUGCUCAUCCUCCCCUUGCUCGUCCAUCCACUUGCUAGCGCAGCUAAGCGCCUCCUUGCGCCUCGACCCGCCCGGCGGCUCACCAGCAUCCUAAGCCUCACGGGCUACACAGCGCUUAUGGUCUUGCCCAUCCACUACUUCGUGCACCGCAGCUAUCCCGCAAACCCUGCCCCGCCCAUCUACGCGCUUAGCCCCGCGGAACUCGACUAUGAGUACGUGAAGUACGCGCUGAGCGAAUGGCCGGUGCGCGCCUGGCUCGGCUACGUUACUCUUACCGCCUGUGUCGCAUGGCAUGCCGCCGAGGGUGCAAAUGUGCUCUGGAAUACGUACGUGAGGGGUGCAUUGGGUGCAUUCAAGGCACGCACUCCGACGGCUCGCGCAGUCAUUGCCGCAACGCUGGUGCUGCCGGUGGUGUCUGGGUUGGCGGUGAUGGCGAAGGAACCGGUCAUGGCGUUCACAUCACAGCUGGCGCGCUUCCACGCUAGCUUUACUCAGUGUUUCGUUUAUCGCUACUGA